ACAUACAUGGCUGUGCCUAAAAGGGAGGGAGGGGGGAAGGUGAGAGGGUGUAGGAAGGGAGAGAGAGAGAGAGGGCAGACAGGCAGACAGGCUUAGUUGAGGCACAUGGCCAGUGAAUGAGAAAGAUUUCAGCACGCGCUCCGCACUUUGACUGGAUUACUACAGACCACCCUCACUGCCGGGUCUCUCCUUCGCUCGCUCCCUUUCUUCUCUCUCUUCUCUCUCUUCUCCCUCCCUCCUUCCCUCCCUCCCUCCCAGCCCCAGGCAGACGGGACAGAGUUGUCUCUCCUCCGUGUCUCACCUCUCUCCCCUGUCCCUCACAGAAUGGCUGAGGCUCAGCUGCACAAGGAGAGACUGCAAGCCCUGGCGGAGAAGCGGAAGCGCCAAGCAGAGAUCGAGGACAAGAGGGGUCAGCUGGAGGACCUGGUGCUUCAGCUGCAACACCUCAAGUCGAAGGCCAUGCGGGAGCGCUGGCUGCUCCAGGGAACUCCCUCUGGGUCAGAGGAUGAGGAGGAAGGCCGGAGGAGACAGCUGCAGCAGGAUGAAGACAAGGGGAAGACCCUGGAGGACACCAUUCACAGACUGGAAUCGGAGAUCGAGCUGCUGGAGAACGAGGAGUCCCAGAUCUCUGCUAAGGAACAGGUUCUCCGAGAGCGUCUGAGGGAGACUGAGCGGUCCAUUGAGGACCUGCAGAAGAGUCUACAGUACCAGGAUGGAGAUGCGGUACGCGGUGAGAACCAGAGCCCCAGGACUUCUCUCAGCCCCAGCCUGCCAGACACACACUCCGCUGGGGACAGCCAGCCUCCAAAGAAGCCUGCGAUGUUCGCCAUGGAGAUCAACGUGGAGAAGGACCGUCGGACUGGCGACACUCGGAUCCUCUCUGCGGAGGCCGUGAGCCCAGACCAGGUGCCGUCCCGCGGCGUCAAGGUGUUCGACGACGGCCGUAAGGUGGUCUAUGAGGUGCGCUCCGGGGGAGGAACCACACUGGAGAACGGCGUGCAGGCCUGGAGCUCCGCCCAGGUGGACCAGCUAAUGCAGCGCGUGGGCCAGCCCACUGCUCGGGGAGAGGGCCAGGUCACCGUCACGCCAGGCAACCCCGACACCACCGCCCCCUCCAUCGCCCCGCCCCCCAUCCCCACUGACCACACCGCCAGGGAACAGACUGUCCAACGGGAGGCGAGGCUGGGAGCCCCGCCCCCUGCGGUGGUGUCCCAGCCAGUCAGGAGCGAGCCUCUGGAGGGGGAGGUGCUAGGUGUUCCGACAGCCAGUGUGGAGCAGCCUGUUACCAUGGUGUUCCUGGGCUACCAGAGCGUGCAGGAGGACGAGGGGUGGAUGCCCCUCCCCCUCCAGGUAUAGACAAGAAAAAACGCUGUCAGUGCUGCGCGGUCAUGUGACCUGGUCAGCUGACCUUCUCUCUCCUACCCACAACUCUUUCUGUUUCUGGAGCGCGCUCACUAAGCCCCUCCCUCCCUGGUUACUAACAGAAUCCCCGCCUCUGGACCUUGGCUACACACACUCUCUCUCUCCUGACCUUUGAACUGAUGAUGUUACCUCUUUGGCUCACCUUUGACCCCACGACGUCACCCCUCUUUCUCCUCUCAGAUCCAGCCCUUUCAGAGGACCCCUCGUUACCUAGUUACUGGUCAGAUUAGCCAGACAAAGAGGGGUCAGAACAGCACCAGCUGGUCACUAACUAGUUACUUGGGAUUAAUUGUUGAAGAUCCACCCAGAGACAGAAUAUAGUAGUCAGGUUCAGGUUGGAAUUGAUUCAAAGUGCUUCUUACAGGAUAGUGGCCUUACUGAACCCCUUGUCCAUUCAGACAGAUAGACAGGCAGACAGACAAACAGAAAGGCAGCGCUGACCUUUGCUCUGAUCCCAAAUUCCACCCAGACCAGUCAACCACUGACCAGCUCUGUAUCUAAACCCCUCCCAUGUUCACGGUGACUCCUCCUACCUCAGGGGUGUUGCCAUGGAGCCCUUGUCUUGGUUUUGUGCUUCGUUGAUCUUCCUAUAGCGUUAGAGAUAUAAUUCAACCAAGCUGAUGUAUCCUAACUGGAUUUUUGUUGUUGUUGUUUUAUUUUGCUUUGAAAACGAAAGGCCAUUGAAUUAACGUGUGUAAACACAGAGACCCUGAAAUCCUUUGCUUUAUCGCUCUACCUUUCUCUCGUUCUUCUCUUCUCCUCUCUCUCAAUCUAGUUCUCUCUCGUUCUCCCUCUCUCUCACUCUUAGAGGUGUGUGGGCUGUGUCUAGGCCAGUAUAAAGACGAGGGUUAUCCAGGAGAUCCAUUUCCUGCCAUUAUAUUAGAACUUCCUGUGCUGGGUUGAUGAGAAACACAACUGCCAAUGGAAUCUCCACUUGACCAGCUCAACACACACAUGCGCACACACAAACAAAUUGCUGCUGAGUGGUGAAGGUUUCAAUUUAACUAGGUUCUAGUUUACAUGGAGGUUACCAUGGUGCUAGGAGUCCUGGGCCUGGUUAUUAUAUGUUUUUAGGCACAUUAGUUGCGUUGGAGACAGGAGACAGUUUGCUGCUAGCCUGGACAAUCUCCCAUUAUUACAAUGUAGAGUUUCUACCAAACACACAUUCUUAACUAGUCAAUCAGCACUGCUGACUUUGUAAUUGGCCAACUGUGGGGACAGUCAAUUCAGCUGGCUUUUUAAUUAGUCAGAUGAGGUCCUCUGGCAGCUCCAAUUGGUCAGAGGCCCUGUGUGGAACCAGGAUGUAUAGUAAUAUGCUAUAUAACAGUGCUAAGCACAUGUAUUAAGACAGUAAGUAUUUAUUAGAUCAAUAAUAUAUAGAAUAUGUAUCAGUUAAUGUAGUAUUGGCCCACAACCGCUGUUACCUUUCCAUUCACUAACAUCCACUGCUUUGCUCUGUGGUCUGUCUCCCUACUAACCCCUCUCUCUCCCCCUCCUCCUCUCCUCUCAUCUCCUCUCCUUUCCUCCCACCAUCCUCCUUCCCCUCUCCUUUUAUCCUCGCCUUUCUUCCCAUCCCCUCUCCUCCUAUCCAAUCGUCCUCUCCUCCUCCCCCCUCCUAUCCAAUCCUCUUCUUCUCCUUCCCCCCCCCUGUCUCUCUGCAGCUCAGAGAAGACAUCCUCCAGACAUCAAGCCAUCAAGUUUCCAUAGCUACUGCGGUAGCCAUCUCAUCCUUAGUAUGUUUGACCCCGUAAGGCAUUUAGAAAAGGUCAUACGCAGUAGCACAAUGCAUCAGUGGUCUAGCAUAGCACCAGGCGCUAUAGGUACCACAGCGGUCACACCAACAGGUACACAACACUCUGCAAUACACACACACACACAUUAAUCUACACAUCAUCUACAAAGUGCACUCUUAACUGUACCAUCAGAAACUCGGAAAGAGUCAAUGACGAUGAUGAUGAUGAUGAUGAUGAAGAGCUCACUGCAUGGCAGACCUGGACUCUGUAUAGGUCUCCUGGAGAUGUCUUAGUCUUCUCAAUCUGUCUCUGAGCUGGCCCGCUGCUGUAGGACCUCCAGAAGGACUAGCUAGCGACAGACUGACACACUGCCAUACCUACAGUAGACACCAGUAGAGACCAGCUGUGUGGGAUCUCAGCCUCCCCCCCCCCACCGGAUGACACCGCAGGGGGUCAUGUGACGGCUGUCCUCGCCCACUCUGAUCCGCUGUCGUUUUUUGUAACCUGAGGUGUACUUUUUAUAUUGUUGCCAUCCUCUUUUUUUUCCUUUUCUAUGAUUCAUCCCCUGGCUGUACUCGUCCCUCACGCCCUCACUCAUCCCCCUCUUUCUCCGGUCACCAGUGCCAGGCCUUCUGUACGCUCCUCCUGGUCAAUAAAGGACAGUCUCACUGUGCCGACCCUCCUGUGUCUCUGCUUCAGUUCUUUCUCUCUAACUCACUCUCCUCUGCCUGGGCACACUGCAUUCCUGCAAUGGCACUAACCACACACACACACACACUCACACACACACACACACACACACACAUGCAUGCAUACUUCGUACAUACACAUUCCCACACUCACUCACAUAGACUAAUACACACGUCAUCAUUAGUGCAACUUGUUUCUUCCGUGCACUCCUACCUCUACUACUAUGGCUGCUUCCAUCCAUGCCCUAACCCACAACCAUCCAGAACCAUCCAAAACAAUGAACCAGAAUCAUGCAGAACCACCCCAAGAACACUCUGAACCACACAGAAACACCCCAAAUCAUGCACAGCCAAACGGAACAACCAAGAACCAUGAACAACUACAUAUAUCCACAUCGAAUCAUGCAGAACCACCUCACAAACACAGAGACUUACCUAGACCUACCAAGAAUGAAAGACCUACCACUCAGCUACAUCUAGAAAACGUUUGAAAGAAAAACCCAGGAACAUGAAGGUCCAGAAAAAAAAGGCCAGGUUCAGAAUCCCUAAGGCCCAAGCCCAGCCAGACCCCCCUGAAGAUUACCAGCAACUGGAGAGAGCAGAGAAAAAACUGUAGACACAGUAGAAUCCAUCAGUACAAUCACUUGGUGUAAUCACUCAGUAGAAUUACAGUGUAAAUGGGCUUUAUCAGUCUGGAGGGUCAUGCCACAGACAAAGCAGAGAUAAUGACUAACCCAGGAACUUGGAAGGGGGACUGUUGCUUCCAAAAUGUACAAAAAAAAUCCAAUUGAAAGACAUUGAGUAUAUAGAGGGGUCAGUGUGUAGAGGGGUCAAGGGGCAGGGGCAGGUCUGAAUGGUUUUCUUAGUGUUCCAGUAUCACCUGUCGUCUCACAGUCCACACACACACACACACACACACAAACAGAAGAUCUACCCCAGGGGGCUGGGGGUUGGGUGUAAUUGAUUGAUCUAAUCAAUGAGAGGUCUGGUCAGCACAUAAACGUCUCCUCCAUUUCUCCUCUCCCAUUCCCCCUAUCCUCUUCUUCCUUUACCUACUUCU